CUCCACCCCCGCCGCCGCCGCUGCCACCGCCCCGGGGCGCCGCUUUCCCGCUCCCCGCUCCCGUUCCCCUCUCGCUCCCGCUCUGCUGCCGCCCGGGGGGUGGCCCAGGGGGGGCGGCGACCCCGGUCAGUCCCGCGGCGGAGGGCGGCGAUGCGCCGCGCCGCGCCCCGCCCGGACCCGCCACCGCCGUUCCGCCCCGCCGCCGCCCGGGUGCCGCCCGCCCCGAACCACCACUGAGCCUGGCCCGCCGCCGCGGCCUCCCCCGGCGGCGCCGCCCGCCCCGGGCUGCCGCAGCGCGAUGGAGACGGCGGAGAAGGAGUGCGGAGCCCUUGGCGGCCUCUUCCAAGCCAUCAUCAACGACAUGAAGAGCUCCUACCCCAUCUGGGAGGACUUCAACUCGAAGGCCACCAAGCUGCACUCCCAGCUCAGGACCACAGUGCUGGCCGCAGUUGCCUUCCUGGAUGCCUUCCAGAAAGUGGCCGACAUGGCCACCAACACCCGAGGUGCCACGAGGGACAUUGGCUCUGCGCUGACCCGCAUGUGCAUGCGGCACCGCAGCAUCGAGGCCAAGCUCCGGCAGUUCACCAACGCCCUCAUGGAGAGCCUGAUAAACCCUUUGCAGGACAGAAUUGAGGACUGGAAGAAAACUGCCAACCAGCUGGACAAGGACCACGCAAAAGAGUACAAGCGAGCCCGCCACGAGAUUAAGAAGAAAUCCUCUGACACCCUCAAACUCCAGAAAAAGGCUCGCAAAGAGCUACUUGGGAAGGGGGACCUGCAGCCCCAGCUGGACAACGCGCUGCAGGAUGUCAAUGACAUGUACCUGCUGCUGGAGGAGACGGAGAAGCAGGCAGUGCGCAAGGCCCUCAUCGAGGAGCGAGGUCGCUUCUGCACCUUCAUCACCUUCCUGCAGCCCGUGGUGAACGGGGAGCUCACCAUGCUGGGAGAGAUCACCCACCUGCAGGGCAUCAUCGAGGACCUGGUGGUGCUCACCGCCGAGCCCCACAAGCUGCCCCCUGCCAGCGAGCAGGUGAUCAAGGACUUGAAGGGCUCUGACUACAGCUGGUCCUACCAGACUCCCCCAUCCUCACCCAGCAGCUCCAGCUCCCGCAAGUCCAGCAUGUGCAGGUAUGGUGGGGUAGGCUCCAGCCCCCUUCGUUAACUCCAGGUGGGUGAUGAUGUUUAUGGCCCUUGGGGAUGUUCACGAGGUGCAUGUCCAUCUCCACGUGUCCAUCUGGCCAGUGUGGAGGAAAGGGGAUGGGCCUGGAGUCUGGGCUGGUGGGGCAUCCAUCCUCGGGGUUUUGGGGAUGAUGUGAGCUGUGCAGGGGGGAGUCUGGGGGCAAACAUGUCACCUUUGCCAGCCUGUCCCCUGCCACUGAGGGACCCCAGAAGGGAAGCAGGGCACCCCAUGAAGACCCUGUGCCUCAGUUUCCCCAGGUUGGCUGAGGGGCAGUGUGCUGGGUUUGCUGCCUGGGGACCCUGCCGCUUCUGAACCUCCGUCUUAAACUCUCUUU